CGGGGCGGGGCUGUGGGCGCUGGGUCUCCGGGCGCGGGCGAGUUGGUAAACAGAUCCGGAGCGCGUGCCGGGCGCCAGCGCUGCGGCGGGCGCGCGGAAGCUGCGCGAAGGUGACCGUGGACUGCAGCUUCCUGCCCCCAGCCCUGAAGCAUGGCUGCCAUGUUGGGGGAUGCCAUCAUGGUGGUCAAAGGCCUGGUCAAGCUGACUCAGGCGGCCGUGGAGACCCACCUGCAGCACUGGGGCCUCGGCGGGGAGCUCCUCGUGGCAGCCAGGGCCCUGCAGUCCACGGCCGCAGAGCAGAUUGGCGUGGUCUGGGGGCAGGUGCAGGGUCAAGAGAAGCAUGAAGAGCCUCCCUUCAGCAGCUUCGACGACUUGCAAGCAGAGUUUCACUUCGCAGGGUCGAGGGCCGAGGGCACCUCCGAGGAUUUCUCUGUGGCCUCCUCCCCUGAUCAGUCAUCUCCGCACUGGGAUCCUGCCAGCAAUGACGGCCCUGCUCCUGCCUAUGUUGUCAGUGGACCCUUUAGGGAAGGCGGGCUCCCAGGCCAGGCCGCCUCCCAUCUGGGCAGGGCGAAUGGGAGGCUCUUUGCAGACCCCAGAGACUCAUUCUCUGCCAUGGGCCUUCAGAGAAGGUUCUUCCACCAAGACCAGUCCCCCAUGGGGGGCCUCACGGCUGAGGACAUUGAGAAGGCCCGGCAGGCCAAGGCUCGUCCCGAGGGCAAGCCCCACAAACAGAUGCUCAGUGAGCGGGCUCGGGAGCGGAAGGUGCCUGUUACUCGGAUUGGUCGGCUGGCCAACUUUGGAGGUCUUGCCGUAGGCCUGGGCUUUGGGGCAUUGGCUGAGGUCGCCAAGAAGAGCCUUCGCCCCGAGGAUUCCUCAGGGAAGAAGGCUGUGCUGGAUUCCAGCCCCUUCCUGUCGGAGGCCAAUGCAGAGCGCAUUGUGCGCACGCUCUGCAAGGUGCGUGGGGCGGCGCUCAAGCUGGGCCAGAUGCUGAGCAUCCAGGAUGACGCCUUCAUCAACCCCCAUUUGGCCAAGGUCUUUGAGCGGGUGAGGCAGAGCGCCGACUUCAUGCCGCUGAAACAGAUGACGAAAACUCUCAACAAUGACCUGGGCCCCAACUGGCGAGACAAGCUGGAGUACUUUGAGGAGCGGCCCUUUGCAGCCGCCUCCAUCGGGCAGGUGCACCUGGCGCGCAUGAAGGGUGGCCGCGAGGUGGCCAUGAAGAUCCAGUACCCUGGCGUGGCCCAGAGCAUCAACAGUGAUGUCAACAACCUCAUGACCGUGCUGAACAUGAGCAACAUGCUUCCAGAAGGCCUGUUCCCAGAGCACCUGAUCGACGUGCUGAGGCGGGAGCUGGCUCUUGAGUGCGACUACCAGCGAGAGGCCGCCUGUGCCCGCAAGUUCAGGGAGCUGUUGAAAGACCACCCCUUCUUCUACGUGCCGGAGAUUGUGGACGAGCUCUGCAGCCCCCACGUGCUGACCACAGAACUGGUGUCCGGCUUCCCCUUGGACCAGGCUGAGGGGCUGAGCCAGGAGAUCCGUAACGAGAUCUGCUACAACAUCCUCGUCCUGUGCCUGAGGGAGCUGUUUGAGUUCCAUUUCAUGCAGACAGACCCCAACUGGUCCAACUUCUUUUAUGACCCUCAGGAGCACAAGGUGGCCCUUCUGGACUUCGGGGCAACUCGGGAAUUCGACAGAUCCUUCACUGACCUCUACAUUCAGAUCAUCAGGGCUGCUGCUGACAGGGACCGGGAGGCUGUGCUGAAGAAAUCGAUAGAGAUGAAGUUCCUCACCGGCUACGAGAUCAAGGCCAUGGAAGAUGCCCACUUAGACGCCAUCCUCAUCCUGGGGGAGGCUUUUGCCUCGGAGGAGCCCUUUGACUUUGGCACCCAGAGCACCACCGAGAAGAUCCACAACCUGAUCCCCAUUAUGCUGAGGCACCGGCUUGUCCCGCCGCCUGAGGAGACCUACUCCUUGCACAGGAAGAUGGGGGGCUCCUUCCUCAUCUGCUCCAAGCUGAAGGCCCGGUUCCCCUGCAAGGCCAUGUUCGAGGAGGCCUACAGCAAUUACUGCAGGAGGCAGGCUGAGCAGCAGUAGCUGCAGGCCCGGUCGCCCGCAGACGGUCCUGCCGCUAAAACUAGUAGGAAGCUGGUGGUGCCAAUGCUCCGUUUCAUCUCCUUCGCCCCGUGAGAGGGUGGCCGCUGAUGGGGAGGGACGCUGCUUGGAGCCUGUUGCCAGUGUGGUUUUUAUCACUAAGUGGGUGUUGGGGUGAGAGCCACGAGAAUUUGAAAAGCAACCCCACUAUGGUCAGAAUCUGCGUAUGUUUAUUCAUCCUCUGAAAUAACUCUCGAUAAAAAGACAAUUUUAUUUCCUUUUCCUUUUUGUAACAGGGGUUUUGCUAAUGUGAAUGUUAACCAGGAGGUGAGAGUUCUCCCUUUGAAUCCCUGCCACAAAAACAAAACAAAAAAACCAAAAACCAAAAACCAAAACCAAAUACCCCAAAACCAGAGAAACCUUUUGGAUUUUACUGAGUGUAGUAUAAGGUUUAUGCGUGUAUGUGUUUCUAGAAUGAGAUCUGUGUUUUCUGGCUUUUCCUCUCCAGCCUGAGAUCUGGAGCUGGGAGAAGUGCUGAUCUGAGCAGUGCCAACAAGUGCUGUUUCACCGAGAUGUCCACCCACACCUGCUCUCUGGCUGGUUCCUGUAUGGUUUUUUGACAACCAGAAGUUUCCAGAGAACUGCUGCCUCCUAUGGGGAGGGGCAGGAGCUGCAAAAGGGGAGAGAAAGCCACGUGCUGUCUCUGUGCUCGAAGACAGGUGUGUGGGGGUCCCGGAGCCGUUGUGGAAGAUGUGCACAUGUCACCUGGUAGGACCCGAGGGUUCAGCACAGGCUCUGUUAAUUUUUGUACAACUCUUGUAAAGACUUGUUUCAAUUAAAAAAAUCCUAUCAUUGUG